AUGUCAGAUUGGAAAGUGGACCCAGAUACCCGCAGACGUCUCUUGCAACUGCAAAAGAUCGGGGCGAACAAGAAAUGCGUAGAUUGUGGUGCGCCAAAUCCACAAUGGGCAACGCCUAAAUUUGGGGCUUUUAUCUGUCUCGAAUGUGCCGGUAUCCACAGAGGUCUUGGCGUCCAUAUCUCGUUUGUCAGAUCUAUUACCAUGGACCAGUUUAAGCUAGAAGAGCUGGUUCGCAUGGAGAAAGGUGGUAAUGAGCCCUUGACUGAAUGGUUCAAAUCCCAUGGUAUCGACUUGAGUUUACCACAAAAAGUGAAGUACGAUAAUCCUGUAGCUGAGGAUUACAAGGAAAAAUUAACCUGUCUUUGCGAAGAUAGGCCAUUUGAAGAACGUGAGCAUCCAGGUUUCGAUGCUUCCAAAUUAUCAGCCACUGCUCCCGCUGCUAGUACUGGCGCGUCAGGUAUAGUUCAAAGUCGAGAGGGCACACCUUURGAAAACCGUCGAUCGGCAACACCGGCAAACUCUGCCAAUACUUCCAACCUCCAAAAGGAGAAAAACGAAGUUUAUUUCGCUGAUUUGGGUAUGAAGAACCAGUCUAAGCCGGAUCAUUUACCCCCUUCYCAAGGUGGUAAAUACCAAGGUUUCGGCAGCACACCGGUAAAUCCUCCACAGGAACAACAAGCGGGUUCUGCCAACACUUUGAGCCUGGAAAACUUUCAAGCCGAUCCAUUGGGAACAUUAACUAAGGGAUGGGGCCUUUUCUCCAGUGCUGUUUCCAAGUCAUUUGAGGAUGUGAAUGAAACCGUAAUCAAGCCCCAUGUUCAACAAUGGCAGUCUGGUGAAUUGUCGGAAGAGACAAAGAGAGCUGCCGCCCAAUUUGGCCAAAAAUUUCAAGAAACCAGUAACUAUGGUUUCCAAGCUUUUAGUAACUUUACCAAAAACUUCCAAGACCAGCAUAAUCCUGUCGCGCAAAGCAACUCUGCUGCAGGCGUGGAUUCUUCUCGUGCAGGUUACCAAAAGAUCAGUAAUACCGAUAAGAAAAACGACCAAGACGAAGACAAGUGGGACGAAUUUUAA